AAGAGUGAGAGAAAGUUGUGGUGGAAGAGUACAGCAGGGUUCGCCACCAUCCCCUGCCGGAGCCUCGUGGAGCUUUUUUUAGGUGUUUUCGCUCUAUAAACACUCACAACGCCCGGUCUGGGAAUCGAAACCGCGAUCCUAUGACCGCGAGUCCGCUGCCCUAACCCUAGAAUACUAUAAAUAUAAAUCUAUAAAAUGCUGAGUUGGUUAAAUAGCGAAAUCAUCUUAAGUUGCAGGGGUUCUGUUAAUGACGAGCGUAUGAAAAGAAGCUAUGUUAUUAGUGGGUGGAUUACAAGCGAACUGAGAUUAUAAAGUAUUUUGUUUUUAUAUAAAAUUACACUACAUCAGUUUUCACGACUUCCACGAGAAAAUUUAAAUGCAAGUUACAAAUAUUUGCAUAGGACAAAAUUUGUUGCAACACCGCUUAUUCCAUAUAGCAUUGUAGCUAUAUAACAUUGUUUUGAGAGUCGUCCUUCCUUUCGAUUAGGCUCAACUUUUGGAGAACCAAACCAAUAUCAGACUAAAUUUACGUAUUACCCUUCUGAUGUCCAGAUUUGUCGCAGUGGCCUUCCGCUCAGCAUGUCGCCUUUUGAAUACUUCUCGACCCCUGACCUCCAAACGUGACACACAGUACACGAGUGUAAGGAAUUUCCUCGUAACACAAUCAAAAACCAAGGACAAGAUUACAAUAUAUUUCAUUGAUCGAGAUGGAGACCGUAUUGCUGUGACUGCCAGUAUUGAUGAAACACUUCUUGAUGUGGCUCUGAGGAAUGAUAUUGACCUUGAAGGAGCUUGUGAAGGUACUAUGGCCUGUUCCACUUGUCACGUAAUAUUACCCAAACACAUAUACAAUGCUGAAUUACCAUCGGAUGAAGAACAAGAUUUAUUAGAUAUGGCCUAUGGAUUAACAGAUACGUCUCGCCUUGGUUGUCAGGUUUAUGUGACAGAGGAUAUGGACGGCGUUGAGAUAAAAAUUCCUACAGAAACAAAUGAUAUACGAGGAUUUUCUUAGAACUUGGUUGUUUAAAUUUUAUACAUCCUGUUAAAUAGUUUGAUGAAAAUAAAUUUAUGAAAUUUCA